GUGGUUUCGUGGGUCGCUCCGUGCAAGCAGUGAAUCAGACGGUCGGACUUUGGAGCCAUGAACACCCGGGUUUGUGGAGGGGGUUAGCUAGAAGGGGAGGAAGGAAACAGGCGGGAGCGAAGAUGGAACAUGGAGGGAACGAGAGAGCGCGGCGUAACAGCUGAUUCGUAAAAAUCAAUACGGCGCUGGCCGCCCUGCUAGUCACAACGCUAGCGCAGCGCCGCCAUACUUGUUUUCGCUUCAGCUGAAACGUCCGCAGCUGUUCGACGCGUUGGUUUUUUUUUCUACCGGUGAGGUGUGUGUGUGUGUGUGUGUGUUUUUUUUUUCUCCCUGCACGAAGCGCUGUGAGAAAUGAAGACGGCGCGGGAAGUGUUUUUCUCGGUGUUGUGAGUUUUCGUGCUGUGUGAAGAAGAACAAGCCGCCAUGUCGUGAACGGAGUGUAGAAUCAGCAGGUCCAGGCUCGUCAUGGAGCUCCUGUGGGGUGUGCUGUUCAUCAUAGCUACGUUACAGUCCACUGAGGUGGGAUGCGAGGGUCCAGUCACACUGAUACGACUGCCUGGACGAGAGAUCACCGAGUACCGCUCUUUUCGAGAUGUGACCAUUCUGCAGUUCACGAUUCCUCAUAAUGUACGGCUUGCUUCCUGGAUCUUCAACGCCACCGAACACCGUAUGUCGCCCAGUCUGGUGACCCGCUGCCGUACGCGAGACGUCAGCCUGUACCUGAAACAUGGCAGUUACCCGGUCAUAAACCCGGACGGUUCCGUCUUUCCAGAUCACUUUUACACGCGCAGGGUUCCUCUGUACGAUUUGGAUUUCCGCAGCGACUCCUCGUCGGCUGGCAUAAACAUCACGUGCCCUCUGCCUGGGGACUGGUUCGCCGUCGCCUUCCUCAGCUACACCGAUCCGAACAACGACCAGAUACUGCAGCAGGGCAUUUCUCCAAACUGCGUCGCCCUCAUCCAGGCAAGUGUUGAUGUCGUGAUUGAUGACCACGUUGUCGACAUAACCCAAGGAGUCUCCAGCUUACAGGAACUUACACUGAGUGAUGUCGGUGGCUAUGCUAUACACAGAUUUUCUGUGCCUCCUCGAACCUGGUUAUGUGAGGUGUUGGUCACUGUGUCCAGCUGCGAGAACAAUGCUGCAGAGAGUGGCUUGGAUCGCUGUCCGGAACUGUUUCUGUCAGCUAGCAGCGAAUCACUGCCAGAUGUCAUCACAAAUUCGAGUGUUCUUCAAUCAUCUUGUAGGGACUUCAUGACUAGUCCUUUGUGUAAGCUUCAGUUUGUUCCUUCUGAAAACACGUGGGCCUACAUAAAGAUCUCAAAUAGCUCUUUUAUUAAGGAGGAUGACCAAGUUGUAGUCUCAUAUUCGGUUACUCUAAGUUUUAGUUCAAGUGUGCGCUCUGUGCUAGGUAGUAACUCAAGUUUUGAUACAGAAUCUAAUGCAGUGAAUGCCGAUAUGCCAAAUUACAUGAGCAAGUGGUCGUCCGAAAGUCGUGUUCCUGUCUUGCGGCAAUCUUUUUCUGCAUUCUUUGCAUUUAAUUACUUGCGAAUGGUGCCUGGUGAGGAUAAAACUGCCUCAUCUAUAAACAUUACAACAGAUACAGUAACUGUUUUUGCAUACAACGUCCAUCCAAUCAGUGAUAUCGGCGGUACUGUUAGUUUGGACCUAGUUCUGAACCUGACUCCAGAACUGAAAAAUUUGACAAGAAGUUCAUACAAUAUUUCCGUUGUAGCCUGUGUUGACUAUAACAUUAGGUCUAUUCCAAUAUUUCCAAAUUUCUGCUUAGAUCAUAUCAAUCAGACAUCUGUAGCUCACAUGCAGAUAAACACGAGUAUGAAGGCUAGGGAAGCCAGGAUUCACAUACCACAUCCUGAAAGUGGGAUGUGGUAUGUUUCGUAUAAACCUUUCUGUUAUGUAACUCUGUACGACAGUAGUAAUAAUGUUAGUUAUGAGGAAACUGAGUGCAAAGGUUUGUCUGUGGUGGGUUUAUCGUUUGGAGUGGAGUCGUACCCUUGUGGGGCGACCAACUGUGGUGAUUUCGGUAGGUGCUACAACUAUAACAGUGGUGGACUUAUCUAUUCUGCAUGUGUGUGUUCAUACGGAUACAUAGGGUGGGGGUGCACAGAUGACAGCAAGGUAUCCUCUUUUAAUGAUAUCCUGUUGGCUGUACUUUUGCUUACCUUGAGUAAUCUUAUCUUUAUACCAUCCAUCUACUUCGCCAUAAGGAGGAGGUACUUUACCGAAGCUCUCGUGUAUGCUUGCACCAUGUUCUUCUCAACUUUCUAUCAUGCAUGCGACUCUGGCGAGGACAUUUACUCGUUCUGCCUGUUCAGGCUGAGCACGUUGCAGUUCUGUGACUUCUACUCAGCUAUCCUUGCCCUUUGGGUCACUCUGGUAGCAAUGGCGGACCUCAGUCCCUUGUGGAGGUCGUUGGCUCAUAUGGCUGGUGCGAUAGCCAUUGCUCUGGGCACAGAAUACGAUCGCACCUCGCUUUGGGUAUUCGUUGUGCCCUUUGGUGUCGGCUUGAUCAUCCUGCUGAAACAGUGGGUGUGGCGCUGUCGCCAACAGAGAUCCUGCUAUCCAGAAAAGAAAUACUACAACAAGUUUUUCCUUCCCGGAGUGUUGCUUUUCAUCGUAGGUGUGAGCUGCUACACAUUCCUGCAGACAAGGAACAACUACAAAUUCGUGCACAGUGCGUGGCAUGCCAUUAUGGCCUUGACGAUAGUAUUUCUGCUGCCAUCCAGACACCAUAAAGUAGCCAAUAGCGAAGACUCCGACGAUUCUUCGACGUCGUCUGCGUCUCUUUGGAAGAGGGGCAGAGCCUACGUCUCUAUCAGAUGGCUGAAACGACUGUAGUGCUGGAUAGGCCUAGAAUGAAUUAUCCUAGGCAAGCAUGGUGAAUGUCUUCAAAGGGCCACAUAACCAAUUUGUAUACCUUGCUUUAUAUAUGUAUUAAUAAACUAUUUUUUCUAUUUUAUCAAGAUGUUAGCAUUACUUAAAAUGCCACUUCUUUGAGUGGUGCAAAAAUGUAAGCUUAGUUAUCAGGAGGAAAAUUGUAUUGUUAAAUUUGAAAAUUAAUGUUUACUGUUUUGAUUAGGUAUUAAUUAAAGGUGUUAUCUUAAACGGGUUGAUUAUUGCUCCUCUAUUACUUUCGGAACUGUGAUUAUUGUAGAUGUCUAUAAUGUACCAACAAUUUCUUCAAAUAUUUGUAAUCGGCUAAUUUAUUGUAACUAGCUCUUUACUCAUAGUUUAUUUGUUAGUGUAAAUUCUUAAUGGCAUUUUUGUUGUAAUAAGCUCUCAGGAAUUUAUUUCUGCUACAUUAUGUAUUUAUAUUUUUAUUGCAAGAUUUUUCGAAGUUUAAAUGUUUGUUCUGAAAUGAGAAAUCUCAAAAGCAUAGCAGCCUUAUCAGGUAAAUUUUAAAUUAAGUUUUCAAAUAACGUUAACAAGAUUUUAUAGAUUGUGUUAUUAUUUUUAAUAUCCAAACUGUGUUCAUAUCUUCAAGUAAGGAUGAAAAUAAAUAAUUUUGUAUUUCUAUAUGGUAGGGUAGAACAUUAUUUUAAUAGUUACUAUAACAGUUAAGUGUACAUAAUUGUUUAGUUGGAAUUGUUUUACUUCUUAGUGUAUUGCCUUUCUUGUGUGUAUUUUUUGAAGUACCCUUGUUGUUUUUCUACUGUCUUGUAUUUGACAGCUUUUCUACGAAUAAUAUUGCUUUUAAAUACAGAAUAGUGUUAGUUAAAUUUAUUUUGUAAUUGUGCAAAAAGCCAAUAGGUUGUAAAAUAGUACAUUUGGUUUAUUUUGGGCAUGAUUCUAUAGCCAGAGAAUAUUCAUAUUUUUUACGAUACACCAAAGAUUAUGAUUUCCAACAUCUUUCCGUCUAAAUGUGCUUAAGUUAGACUAUUGUGGCUUUGUGCGUCCCUCUUAAAAGGUUUGAAUGGCCACGCUAAACGGAGACAAAGUUUAAAGGGACUUAGACCAUCUCCCUCCCAUCUUCAUAUACAUCACUUGAAUAUUAAUAGCGUCAUUUUUCCUGACGAACGUAUUUAUCACCAGCAUAAAUGCAAGACAGACGCGCUGCGGACUAGGGUCUCAUCCUGUAAAAGUUUCACUCUAGAUGUCUGUGGAAUAAAUUGGGAUACAGGUGUUAUGUGCAAUGUAUGUUAAAAAAUUUUGGUAGUGCAUUCCAUCAGCUAAUCUGAACAGAUUAGCCAGAAUACAUUAUAGCUGGCUAGGGGUCUGGCAGUGCUGUGAUAAUGAGAUUAAAGCUUGUUACACAUUUAACUUUACGGUUUGACUUAACGAUAUGUUGCAUAAAUUAAAUAAGUACAUUUUUUUUAACUGUGAUACAAUCAUAUGCAACUAUUACGCUUUUUACUUGCAUGAACUCGCACAAUUUAUAAUAUAUUUGAAUAGAACAAUACAUGUGUUCCUUGUGGUAUGGCCGACUGUGCAAGUCAUCACCAUGCUUGUGUUAAUGUGUGUUCCAUUUAUUAGCAUUAAGGCGUUGUUAGUUAUUACAACAUGAUUCCCCUUUUUUAUCGAUACGUGUGGUGCCAUAAAACGCUUUCCUAUGAAAUACUUUGCUACUGCCGCAGAUUGUUGUUAAUCAAAUACAUGUGAAUUCUAUGAAUAAAUUUUAACAGUUUGUA